UGUAUAAUAGCCGAAUGAGCGGAAGCGAAGAGGAGCAUCUCGUCUCGCUGACGUUCCGAAAAAAUGAAGAGGAUAUGGAUGAGGAUGAGGGGAAGGUGAAGCAGAAGGAGAAGCCGAAGGAGAAGCAGAUGGAAUUUGUGAAUCAGAACUUUGUGGAAAGCACGGAGGACGAAUCUGAAGUAUCUACACCGACAGCCGUUGGAUUGCCAAUUGGAACAAGUACACCGGACGGCGACGAGACACCAACGCAACCCGAUCCCAACGGGAAAUACACGAUGGCUCAAACGAAGGACGCCGAUUUGUCGAGGCCUUCCGGGCUACCGAGCAAUGGAAAUCCUGGCUCCUCGACUACAGUACCCCCUGCAUCAAAAUCCGGUCCAGUUGCUCCGCCGCGGCCGUCUGGAACUCCAGUUGCUCCACAAAGAAAUCGCCGACGAAAAGUAACGGAACUAAAAUGCUCGGAAGUUCGAUGGUUCUUCCAAGAGCCGAAGGGAACUCUCUGGAAUCCGUUCAACGGCCGUGACUCCAUUAUGCUUGAAAUUAAAUAUCGAAAAGAAAAAGGAAUUGAGUUGGACGAAGCAAUGCAAGAAAUCUACGAUGAAUCAUUGACUCACUAUAAAAUGGAAAUGAAAGAUGAACCAGAAAUUGAAAAUGGGAAUAUUGGAAUGGAACAAGAGAAACCAAUGGUUGUAGUAAUGAAUGGACAAUAUAAAGUGAAUAAGGAUAAUUCGAAAAUUGAUCCAAUUUAUUGGAAAGACGAUUCGAAAGAGAUUAGAAGAGGUUCAUGGUUUUCACCGGAUUAUCAACCAUUGGAAAUGCCACUUUCUGAUCAAAUUGAGAAGAAUCAUUUACAAUGUUUUAGAAAUCAAAUGAUUCCAGAAGGAACUACUGUUUUUUCGAAAUCUGAAACUAGUAAUAAACCUGUUCUUGCGGAGCUUCACGUCGACGGUUACGAUAUUCGAUGGAGUUCUGUAAUCGAUAUCUCUCUACAUCAAAAAGGAAAUGCGAUUCUACGAUAUCUUUGGGCGAAAUCUACGCCGUUACGGAGAGGUUACGAAAAGGAGGCUGAUUGGAAUGAUGCGGCUGCUGAAAUUUCACAUUUGAUACUUGUUGUACAUGGAAUCGGACAGAAAGGAUAUGAGAAUCUUAUUGCUCAGAAUGCGAAUCAAGUCCGAGACGGCGUUGUGUCUGCAAUGGAAAAAGUGUAUCCAGAAGAGAAAUCUCGUCCAAUGUUCCUGCCUGUCGAAUGGAGAUCAGCGCUGAAGCUGGACAACGGGCUCACGGAUAACAUUACGAUUCCCAAAAUGAGCAGUAUGCGAGCCUCAUUGAAUAGUACGGCGAUGGAUGUCAUGUACUAUCAGAGUCCGCUUUUCAGGACAGAGAUAGUCCGCGGUGUUGUCUCCCAACUCAAUCGCACCUAUAAACUCUUCAAAGCCAACAAUCCACAAUUCAAUGGACAUGUCUCGGUCUUCGGUCACUCCCUUGGAUCAGUUAUAUGCUAUGAUGUUCUGACUCAAUACUCCCCGUUAAUGCUCUUCGACAAAUAUGUUACCAAAUCGAUAGAUGAAUAUUUGAAGCGAGAUGAUACAAAUGCAUCGGAAGAAGCCAGAAAAGCUUUGGAAGCUAUGAAAUUGGCCAGAGAGCAACUAAGAGAUAAUUUGGAAGGGGGUAUUCAUAAACUGUUGGUCACAAAGGAAGAGCAGCUGGAGUUCAAAGUGAAAUAUCUUUUCGCUGUUGGAUCCCCUCUGGGAGUUUUCCUUACAAUGCGUGGUGGAGAGUCGACAGAUUUGUUAUCAAAGGCGACGAAUGUUGAACGAGUCUUCAAUAUCUUCCAUCCAUAUGAUCCUGUUGCCUACCGACUAGAACCUUUCUUUGCUCCAGAAUAUCGACAUAUUCGUCCAAUCAAACUAUUCUCGAAUACCGAUCUUCGUGCACGUGCAUCUUAUGAAAAUUUGCCCCUGGAUGUCUAUAAGCAUUAUCUGAAAAAGCUGAAGAAUCUCAACAAGGCGAAGAAGAACAAGGAUGACAAAACUGCUGAUGCUCGAAGUGGUGGAGACGAUGAGAAUGAAGAUGAGGACGAGUGUGAUUCGGAUGAGGAUGCUCGAAGCGGAUGCUCAUCGCCACGAUCGAUGACACCUCCGCCAUUCGAGACUGCUGCUGCUAAUGCGGCAGCUGCUGCGAAGGAGACGAAGGCAGUGAAGAAGGGAUGGUUCUCGUUUGGAACAUCAAGUAAUCCAAAAAAGACACAAAGUACUGCGAGUCUAGGAUCUGUGAAUGCGACGUCGACGGAGAAUAUCGAAUUUGCGAAGGAAGCGGCUGAGGAAUUGCCGUUGGCUGAGAAGAUAUUGGGUAGUGGUGUUCGAGUGCCGCAUCGAAUCGAUUUUCAGUUACAGCCAGCCCUCACCGAAAAAAGCUACUGGUCAGUACUAAAAUCACAUUUUGCGUAUUGGACAAACGCCGAUCUAGCACUAUUCCUCGCCAACGUGCUCUACUGUAAACCUCUGAAACCGGAAGAAGCCAAACCGACAUGGGCUUGAUCAUCAGCAGAAUUCUGGAAAUCAAUGGAAAAAUCUUUGGUGUCAACUGUCUGAACAUUGGCAAUCACUUCAUGUUUUAUCUAUUCUUUUAUCUUUUUUUUUUGGUUUUUAAAAAUUUUCCACAAUUAGUAUUACUCUUUUAUACUCGUUUCUGUCUCUCUCUUCUCACUGGGUAUCCCUUUUUAAAGCUUUUCCUCUUUUUUUUCUCCUUCUCUCCUUCAACUAGUUGUUGUAUAAUAUGUAUAGCUUUUCCCUCUGAAAAUUUCAGAUUUUUUUCUGUGAUAGUCGCAGUCUGUCUCUUUUUUCCGGUUUCUCUCUUCAUCCAACACUUCCAGCCAAACCUCUUUAUAUUUUGUAUUCCGGUGCGUUUUAGCAACUAACUAUCCCAAUUUUCCUCCAAAAAAAAACCCACCAAGUCAUAUUAUGUAUAGCACUUUAUAUAUAUCGUAUUGCUUUUUUCCCAAUUACUGGGGAUAAAUAAGUACGGUAUCAGGUUUAAUUAAAUUUUAUU